CGCGUCCCGCGCAUGCGCCGCAGGGGCGGAGGGCGGUGCCGGCAUGUGGCGGCUGGCGCGGGCGGGCGCGCGGGCCCCGCCGGCCCUGGCGGCAGCGGGGGCGGGAGCGGGGCCGGGGCCGGGCGGCCUCGAGGGCUGGUACGGGUGGGCGGCGGGCUCCGCGCCCGUGCACUGGGCCGAGGGCGGGCUGGCGGCGCUGCAAGAGGCCACCGGGCUGCCGUGCUGGGCCGCCAUCGCCGGCGGGGCCGCCGUGCUGCGCACCGCCGUCACUCUGCCGCUGGCCGCGCACCAGGGACGGCUCCUGGCCAAGCUAGGUGGAAAACCUGCAGCCUGAGAUCAAGGAACUUGCCAAGCGCCUUCGCUAUGAAGUUUCGGUGCGUGGAAAGCAGCUGGGGUGGUCUGACAAGGUGGCCAGGUUCCACUUUGCCAAGAACAUGCGGAGGAUUGUCACGGAGCUGUACAUCCGGGACAACUGCCACCCCUUCAAGGCCACCGUGCUGCUGUGGGUGCAGAUCCCCAUGUGGGUGUGCGUGUCACUGGCUCUGCGCAACUGCAGCGUCGGUGCCCUGGGCUCAGCAGGUGCAGCAUCCUCUCCCCCUGUCACCUGCUCCUCCUCCCUUGCUGCUGUCACUGACAUUAAACAGCGCCGUGUCCCGAGCUUGGCGUGCAAGCCAGCUACAAGAGCAGUUUUCCUCAGGAGGAGUGCUGUGGUUUACAGACCUGACGGUGCCCGAUUCCACGUGGAUUUUACCAGUUUCCCUGGGGCUGGUGAAUUUGCUGGUGGUGGAGAUCUUUGCUUCCCAAAGGAAAAUGCCCGUUUCCCAGUUCCAGAAGCUUGUUACGAACUUCUUCCGCGUGGUGUCUGUGGUGAUGAUCCCUAUUGCUGCCACAGUGCCCUCCUCCAUGGCGCUGUACUGGCUGUCCUCCAGCCUGGUGGGACUGUGCCACAACCUCCUGCUGCGCUCUCCCGCCUUCCGCCGGCUCUGCCGCAUCCCGAGGACCAGAUCCGACUCAGAUACUCCUUACAGGGACAUCAUGGCUGCCUUGGCCACCAGAUACAGCUUUAGCAAACAGCCCCACUGAGCUCCAGGAAGAGCUGUCUCAGGAAUGAAGCAGUGCUGUUUUGGCGAGAUGUACUUACUCGAUGUAUAUUUAUUUUGCAAAUAAAGCGCUGGCUGGCCAUAA